ACGUAUCGCGCGCGGAGGAAGUUUCCCCCGGUGGUGCUGAAAGAAAGUUUCGGCGGAGCCGCGGAGGGGAGCGGCGGAAUGGGAGUGUGACGCGCCGGGAGUGGCGAGUCAGCCGCCCUACCUGUCGCUGCUAACUAGGCUGCUUGCGUCGUCGCUGCUCUGCGCUCUCGGCCCCCCCCGUCUGCCCCUCUCUUCGUCCGAGAUGGGGAAGGAGCAGGAGCUCCUAGAGGCGGCCCGCACCGGGAACCGCGCCGCCGUGGAGAAGCUCCUGUCCGCGAAGCGGCAGUCUGCCGGAGUCGGCGGCGGCUCCUCUGGAGUCGGAGGAGCGGGCGGCAGCGGUAUCGGCUCCUCGUCUCACGCACUCUCCAGUCUUCUCAGCAUCUGGAGGGGCCCCAAUGUGAACUGCGUGGACAGCACUGGAUACACCCCCCUCCACCACGCCGCCCUCAACGGCCACAGUGAUAUCGUGGAGCUGCUCCUGCGGAACGAAGCCCUGACCAACAUCGCCGACAACAAGGGCUGCUACCCGCUGCACCUGGCUGCCUGGAAGGGUGACCAGCGCAUCGUGCGGCUGCUCGUCCACCAAGGGCCGUCCCACCCCAAGCUCAAUGGGCAGAACUCUGUAGACCCCAGAGAGUUCAAACGCUGCGGCCCGUUUGACCCGUAUAUUAACGCCAAGAACCUUGACAAUGAGACUCCGCUGCACUGCGCAGCCCAGUACGGCCACACCGAGGUGGUGCGCCUCCUCCUGGAGGAGCUGACGGACCCCACCAUGCGCAACAGCAAGAUGGAGACUCCACUGGACCUGGCAGCCCUAUACGGCCGGCUGGAGGUGGUGAAGCUGCUGCUGAGUGCCCACCCCAACCUGCUGAGCUGCUCCACCCGCAGCCAUACACCGCUGCACCUGGCCGCCCGCAAUGGCCACCUGGCUGUGGUGGAGGUACUGCUGGCUGCCGGCAUGGACAUAAACUACGAGGUAAGGUCCCGCCCCAACCCCCUGUCCCUCUGUGGUAUCAGUCCACCAGAUUACCCGAACAUCUAUGAACUGGAAUCUCUCCCUGACCGCACCCUACUCCUUUGUGGUUUGGGCCCCGAGUGACGUCACAGUACCAGUUACCGAUU